UCUUUUGUAUCUGCAUCACUUUUUUUGACUAGUACGUCACCAAAGUGCGACACACGGAGAAGUUAGCGCCACAUUUUUGUUGCGCUAAAUUAUUUCGGAAAUUUCUACUGCCGCUGUUCUCGCUUUACACACAACCAAGAAUAAAAAAAUCUGGUAAACCUUAGGGGUUACCUUAAAGCACCAUGAGUUUGUUUGGGGCAAGCUCUGGGUUUGGACAGGGAGGGACCAGUGUCUUUGGAAACACAACAACAGACACCCACAAUCCCAUGAAGGAUGUUGAAGUGACUUCUCCGCCUGAUGACAGUAUCAGCUGUCUAGCUUUCAGUCCACCCACUUUGCCAGGGAACUUCCUUAUCGGAGGAUCAUGGGCCAAUGACGUAAGGUGCUGGGAGGUGCAGGACAACGGUCAGACGGUCCCUAAAGCCCAGCAGAUGCACACUGGUCCUGUGCUGGAUGCUUGCUGGAGUGACGAUGGGAGUAAAGUCUUCACCGCUUCCUGUGACAAGACGGCCAAAAUGUGGGAUCUUAACAGCAACCAAGCCAUGCAGAUUGCACAGCACGAAGGUCCUAUUAAAUCUAUUCACUGGAUUAAGGCCCCCAACUACAGCUGCAUAAUGACUGGAAGUUGGGACAAAACACUGAAGUUCUGGGACACGCGUUCUCCCAAUCCCAUGAUGACGCUGCAGAUGCCAGAGAGAUGUUACUGCGCUGAUGUGGUUUACCCCAUGGCAGUGGUCGCAACAGCUGAAAGAGGCCUGAUUGUGUACCAGCUGGAGAACCAGCCCUCUGAAUUUCGCAGAAUAGAUUCUCCUCUCAAACACCAGCAUCGCUGCGUCGCCAUAUUCAAGGACAAGCAGAACAAACCCACUGGCUUUGCGCUGGGAAGCAUUGAAGGUCGAGUGGCCAUCCACUACAUCAACCCCCUAAACCCAGCCAAAGACAACUUCACCUUUAAAUGCCACCGGUCCAAUGGAACCAACACAACCACUCCACAGGAUAUCUACGCUGUGAACGCUAUCUCCUUCCAUCCUGUCCAUGGCACACUGGCUACUGUUGGCUCAGACGGGCGAUUCAGCUUCUGGGAUAAAGACGCCCGCACCAAGUUAAAGACAUCAGAGCAGCUUGACCAGCCCAUAACAGCCUGCUGCUUUAACCACAAUGGCAACAUUUUUGCAUAUGCUUCAAGUUAUGACUGGUCAAAGGGGCACGAGUACUACAAUCCCCAGAAAAAGAACUACAUCUUUCUAAGGAAUGCUGCAGAGGAGCUCAAGCCUCGGAACAAGAAAUGAUUCAUCGUGUCCAGUCGCAUCUCUGUGGAAGACCUGCUGCUUUAGUGUGUGUAUACUCUCGAGACAGACUCCUUCCUUUCGGCAAACACCUGGACCAAUGCUGUGGUGCUGCAUGUACUGUGCAUGGACCAAUCAGAGGGGCCCAGACAACCUGGCGUUGAUGGCGACGGCUUGACUUUAGUUCAGAAGGGAGGGCUUUUAUUUUUCUCAGUCAUCAUGGUGUCUUUUUAUGUUUCAGUGUCCAGCUCUUACUUCUUUUUUCUACAUUUUUUCCCCAAAGACUUUAAACUUGUUUUUUUUGCUUUGAUGUUAAUCCAUGGUUUAGCAACAUUAUAGGAAUUGGGACACAAUAAUAAAUGACAAAGUGCUUACUGUUAGAUGUGAACAGAUUUAUUUCAAAUGCAGGGCUUACAUAAGGUGAACAGAUUUUGUGUAUGUUGUAACAGUAUUUGUGUGGGAAUGUUAUUAUGUACAUGUAAAAACUGCGAGCACCAUUAUAAAUCCUAGCCGCAGGUCCAACCAUUGUGUAAAAAUUGAGCCAAUGAAACAAUUGCUACAGCCAAAAUUGAAGAACUGUAAACAGAACUCCUUCACUGACCUCUUCAGUGCUUGUGUUAAACCAAGUUAACCAGCAGGGUGAGCCUUUA